UUGUCAUUGCAUGUUAUCAAUUAAUAGUGAAUGUCUUACAAUUUUUACUGGAAAACAAGGAAGGGCUUGAGGCAAUUUACCUACAAAAACCGAUAUCAACCAGACGGGCAAUAAUAGCGUAUAAAAUGUAUAACAACCAGGAACAACUGAUAAGAAAUACGUACGAUGUCAUUCAAAGAACUGGAGAUAGUUUACAACGAUCUAAUCAAAUUGCGUAUGAAACCGAACAAAUUGGGACAGAGGUUCUUUCGGAAUUAGGAGAACAACGUGAAUCGCUACUGCGUUCUUCCCGUCGUCUGGAAAACGCGGAUGACAAUAUCUCGCAAUCACGCAAAAUCAUACGAAAACUUCAACGAGAAGUUCUAUAUAAUAAAAUCAUUUUAAUAUUAGUUAUAAUUAUGGAAAUAGCGAUACUUAUAGGACUAGUUGUCAUUAAGUUUAUUUCGAAAUGAGAAAUAUUAAAUUUAGAACUGGUAAAUCUGGUGGAAGCUUCAAAUGUUUUAAGAUACGAAUAAGACCUAUCAAGACAAUGCAGAUGUUCAAUUAGAUAGGAAUUAUACAGACAAUGAUACAUUGAACACUGCUUGUCAGUGACAUUGCGAACUUCAAUACUUUACAUUUAUUUCGGAUAGCGUGGUAUUGAGAACAACUCUUGCAUGGUAAAAUUUUUGUUUCCGGGAAAAUACCCAAAUAUUCCACCCGAAAUUCCGACUCAACGCCUUGGAGCUAUACCGAUAUGGGCAAUAUGGGCAAUAUAAUUUUUCCUGGACCCCGAUAUAUGGUUCUUUGAACAGCCUGAUUCUGCUAAGUAAAUCAAACCAAAGUUUUCUAAAUUUGAUACUGUUUUAUGUAGCGUUAAGAUUUUCUCCUUUUAGUUUGGCCGAUACCGGCUACGUGAAAUAAAGUUUUUGUAUAUUUGA